AUGGUUUUCUUUUGGAAGCCGCUCUCCCCUUUUUCCCAAUGGACACCGUCGACCUUCACGGUCGAUGGCGUUGUUUACUCGUGUGCCGAACAGUUUUUCGCUGCAGAAACAGCCCGUCUUUUGGGAGGUCGCUGUGCUUUGCAGAACAUCACGCGAGUGUCAGACCCGGCCUUACACAACAAGUUUGGCCGUGAGGUCCAUGGUUUCGAACAAUCUGUUUGGGAACAAGAACGCGAAAACAUUGUGCUCACCAACUCUUACGCAAAAUUUAGUCAAAAUUCCGAGUUACGAAAUCAUCUCCUCGGAUCUGGUGACAAAAUCCUUGCCGAAGCCAGUCCUUACGACCGUGUUUGGGGCAUUGGCCUCCAGGCCGAUCAUCCUGACGCUGGAUGCACAUCUAGAUGGCGCGGCCUCAACCUGUUAGGCACCGCCCUACAGAACGUGCGCAGUCAUUACGACACCGUGCCUCGCCUCCCGAGCGCAGCUUUCGUUUGCCGCCUCCGACUGAGCACGUUCCGACGUCGUCCCUUCAUUCUGCGGUGGAAUCCAUGA